ACGAGGGUGCGUGCUGAAAGUUCUGUGAGCGCGUGAGCAGCUGAGUGGACGCAGAAGUGUGUUUGACAUCUUUAACGUGAAAUAUUUUAGCGUUUCGUCACGUCAGAGGAUGGAAUAUUAAUAAACAAACAAACAAACAAACAAACAAAAGGAAACGUGGAAACGUCUAUUGUCCGCACGUGACUACAGUGAAAGCUUUUUAAUAUGCACGCCGUAUCGUUCAUGCAGAGAUGCAAGACCGAGUGAUUGGUGAGAUCUUUCCUUAUUAACACACUUUACGGGUCUUUCGUUUUUGUUUAUUUAAAACAAAGGCUCGCGCACAGGAUCACGCAGAGAAGGUGGCCGGUGACGUGAGGAGGUGAAACUGCGUCAGAGAGCACGCGCGCGCGGUCUUUCUGUUCAACAGGGGAAGAUUUAACGGCUGUCUCGGUUAGCAGAGGACGGAGUGGGAAAAGAUGACAGAAAAUGGCGAGAAGGAGAACGAGCCGCAUCACCGGGACCUGCAGCGUUCACCGGGUUCCGGUACAAUCCGGCCAGAGUCCAAGCUCCAGAAACUGAAGCGCUCACUGUCAUUAAAGUCAAUGAUGCGGAGCAAAAGUGUCGAGAACUUCUUCCAGCGGUCAAACAUGGAGACCCUGCCCCUUGACAGUAUCAUCACUACCGAGGCUCCACCCUCCAUCACGGAGUCUCUCUUUUGUGACUGCCCUUUGACCCUUGACAGGUCCCCAUCCAUCAGUCCGAACCUGUCUCUGUCUUCACGUUCACCUUCAUCAAGCCCGUCCCUGUCGAUGAACUCCAGCACUCCUCCCACUCCUCAGCCACACCCUCAGAAAACACACUGUUUCCUGGAAUAUGUGUUUCGCCGGCCCAUUGUCUGCCAGCAAUGCAAGCAAAUGAUAACAGGGAACUCAAAGCAGGGUCUGCGCUGCAAGACGUGUAAACUAGCAGCCCAUCUGUGGUGCUCGUCUGAACUUUCACAGCAGGUGUGCAAUGGAAAGUCGGGGGCGUUCAAGCGGAACUUCAGCUCUCCACUGCUCACUCACGAGCCGUUCACAGUCGUUAAGGAAGCCCCGCCCACUCAAGAACAGGGAAAAGGCGCCAUGGACCCCGUGUACGAAGCCCUGCGAUACGGGACAUCUCUCGCGCAAAUGAGCCGAUCGACUUUCAGUAGCAUCUCCGAGUCGCCAUGUCAACAAAGCGAAGAAGGACAGGAGAAGUUGGACAGUGAAUCUGUCACCGAAGAAGAGCGUGCUGCUGAAUCCGAGGUGGCGUCUCUGGCUGAGAGUGAGAAGAGUGAGACGGAGGACAAGCUCAGUUUACAGCCACCCAGGCGCAUUGAGCUUCGCGCCAUUCACACCUAUGUGGCGUUGUACAAGUUCCUGCCGCAGGAGAAAAACGACCUUGAGCUUCAGCCGGGCGAUCGUGUUCAGGUAAUCGACGACUCAAACGAGGACUGGUGGAAGGGGAAGAGUCGAGACAAAGUCGGAUCGUUCCCCGCUAACUUUGUGCAGCGGGUUCGUCCUGGAGAACGAGUGUGGAAGGUCACUCAGGGUUUCCAUGGCAACCGCGAGAAAGGUCAAAUGACCAUAAAAGAGCUACAGAUCUGCGUUGGGAAAGCCGAGGAAACUGAUGGCUUUUACAAGCUGACCAGCGGUAAGAAGAGAGGACUCGUACCCUCAGGGUGUGUAGAGGAGAUAUGAACAACCUCCUCCACCUUACACGCGCACAGACAUGCACAUACAACGACGGCAGGGACACACUCUCACGCACCAGCAAGCAUCCCGGAAUGGAAGUGCACCCGCUUUGCUCACUUCACCUUCAAACGGCUUUGCGAAUGCAACGUAAAGGAAGACGUCUGCCCGGCUGAACCCUAUUUCUAACUCCAGGCACACGUGACCACGGGAACAGUUUCGGUUCGGAUGAUGCGCUGUACACGUCUGCUGUGUGUCUGUGUGUGUUCACUCAAGCAUUACAAUAGCAUCACUGAGAGACAGGCACAUAUGCAUACUUACCUGUCCCAUCAUUCACCCCUGAACGAAAUGCGAGGGGCUUGUAGGAGACCCGUCACGGAAUAGCACUCUCUAAAUAGCUGUAUAAGGUGUUGGAUGGCUAAAGAAUCAUUAUCAAAGUAGUUUAAUUCAACUUUAGUAAAAACGUCCCACUUUAUAUUGAAGUACCUGUGUACUAAUACCUGUGUGUUUAUUACUGAGUCUGUACACACUCUUACACAUUGUGCAGAAAUCAUAUGGACGACCUUUAUACAUUUUUUUUUUUAAAAAGGGGUGUGCGUUAGGGAUGUAGAUACUCGAAGAUGCGCUAUAAAAUAGCUCGAGUUUUCACUGCUAGUUAUGAUCAUGACUGGAGCGAUGAGCUUGAGGAACUGUCAGAGCCGGUCACACCGUGACCCUGACGCUGCUGAUAUUCCUACACCUGGGAUGGGGUUUUCCGGAUAUUUCCCAAGCCAAGUGUGAGAUCUUUGGUCUCGGGUCUGCCCCAGGGUCUCUAUCGAGUAGGACGUGCCUGAUACAGCUCGAGCAGAAGAUAACCAGGCAGUUCUCUUAUAAGGUGCCCGAACCACCUCAAACGGUUCCUGGUGAUUCCCAGGGGCAGCUGCUCAAUUCCAGAUUGCUGAGCUCCUCACCCACACCCUGUUGCGGAGAAUAAGUCCAGCAUCCCUGCGGAGGAACCUCGUUUCUGUGUCUGUGUGUGCACUGGCCCUUCCACAGCCAUACGCUGAAACACCCAGACAGACAGACAGCUAUUUUAUUUCUGUGAGACAGUGCAAAAUGAAAAAGGGGCUGAGGCAGUGAUGCAGCUACGGACUGAAAACACUCUAAAUUUAGAUUUCUGCACAGCAUUAGCAUUAGAGAUGUUAAUUUCAUGUUAAUAGCAUGAACAUGUUAAACAUGAUUCAUCCUUGAGGGGUGGAGAAAAGGACUGUACACUUUAUCAGUAUUACAUCAGCCCACUCCACCCACUUCACUCAGCCAUCAGCUGCUCCGCCCACUUCACUCAGCCACAAGUUGCCCCGUCCAUUUCACUUAGCCAUCUCUCAGCUCCGCCCACUUCACUCAGCCACCAGUUGCUCCACCCAAUUCACUUAGCCAUCUCCCAGCUCCUCCCACAUCAGUUGCUCCACCCACAUCACUCAUCCAUCACAAGGCCCCACCCACUUCAUCACUUUACCAUACCCUCCUGUCUUUAUUUCUUUUCUUUCUGUAUACUGUUGAAUUGCUGUUUAACAUAGACACAACGAUUAGACCUUUUUAAUAUGCUGAAAGGUCACACACACACACACAGUUUCUGUUGACCUGUGCAGAAAAUGAGACACUUUGCAAGUCAAAUAUGAGAUUGUGUUGAAUUACAGUAUAAUAAACCCCGUUAUUAUCGCGCAGUAAACCCAGGCUCACCUCUUCACACCGUCACACAUUGUUCCUAUAACACGCAGGGUUCUGAUAACACACACUGCAGCUAUAAAACAGCUGACCAGCGCAAUUCAGAUUUGUUUUACACAGAACAUCUGGCUGCCUAAAAAACCUCGACCACACAGAGAGACGCGGCACAUCCUCACACACUGGUCCACAAAUAACACGCUUAUCUAUUAAAAAUUCAUUUUUAUGGAUUUAUAACCACAGCGCUCCUACACAGUGUGUGUCUCCCAGGAAUAAUCACUAUUUAUGGCCAGAGCACAGAUCAGAACAUCACAAGCAUCUCUCACGGAGCAGAAGUCACAUGUCUAUCGUUAUGACAUCUCUAUCUUCAUGUUGUGUUAAUCUGCGUGUGAAAGAAUUCCAUUGUUUUCUGUCGAUAUGGCGAGCAUGGUGUUUUUACAUUGUUCUGAUAAACUACUGAAAUUCA